AACGUUUAUAAACUCAACAUUGCUGUAUUGAUAUAAAUUGCUUUUCAGUUUACAUAUUGAAAAAAUCAAUAUGAUGGUGAAAUUUUGCUCCCUAAGUGUGCUAUUGGCAUUUGUGACGAUAAAAUUCAUCGAUUGUGUAAUAUUGGACCUUCACGAAAAUGAAUUUCCAUCGUGUAUUGAUAUUUUUACUGGUACAUUUAAUGGAGGUGGAGUUUACCGAAUGUUUCAUUCAAGAAAUGAAUUGAUACGGACUAUACAUUAUGGCGGUCAUAUAUUAGCAACAACUAGAUUUCACAGAGCCUUGCCAGAGGAUAUAUACGUACAAGAAUAUAAACGUGAUGGCAUCUCCAUAAUCUCGCUUCAUAUAUUCUUUAAUCGUAGCACAAAGACAUCAGCAAAUUCCUACUAUCAAAUAGCAGGAGGCCACAUUAGAAUUAUUGGUCGUGAUAAAAAGCUGGAAUUUGUAGGUGGUCCCAUUUAUUUAUCAAUAGACGUCAAUGUGACUAAAUAUCACCCAUUGAUCGUUAAAACUAUGAUAGGAAGUCCACUGCACAAACAUAUAUGGCAACUAGCAACGGCUAAACAUUUCACAGAUCAUCAAAGCAAAAUUAGCAGAUUAAGAUUUAGGCAGGAAGUAUAUUACAUGUCUCCAGUUUUAAAUAUUGAUACCGAGCAGUCAGAUUACCUACCACCGACGGCACUAAUUGGUCAAUUCAGUAAAGUACAAGUCAGUAAACAUGACGGUGUUAUAGAAGUGUCAUUAAAAAGACUCCGAGCAAGUUUUUGUCAACUGAUACAAAUCCCACCCACAAUUGAUAAUAUAUUUAAACCUUGUAGAAUCAUAUCGUUACCUCAUUACUAUAAUCAUCUCGAUCUUACAAUAAAGGUAAAUAGACAUGUAACCUUGACUAUUGACGUCGCAUCAUUAGAGGUCAAUGUGCCAGACUUAAUUAUACUGUCCAAUCUUAAGAGGGGUAACUGGAUAUACACGCAGUAUACAGUGGUACCGAUCACGGAUCAAAGAUUUGUUCUACAUAAAGUAAUUAAUUCGCAAAUGGCAUUUACACUUUACGAAGCACAGGAACACUGCUAUGUAUCAUAUGUGGAACUGUUUAAGCACAUUAUACAUGGAUGGCAAUAUGUUGUUAUUAAUAUUAAACAGGCAUCCAACAUCAUCACACCUGGACCAACAGAGUUCAUCGACGUGAAGCGCAUAUACAUGCUCACAGAAAUUUCUGCCGGCGCAAUAUAUGUUGACCUCAGCAUGACCCUACCUAAGGAGCACCUAGAUAUUCUAUAUAAUAUAAACGUCAUGGACGAACAACCAUCAAUAGAUCAACCUGCUGCACCAGCCAAUAUAGAUGUUAUGCAAUGCGAUGAGCAAUGACAUUCAUCUACGCCAUUAAU